AGGCGGACCGCCCCCUUGCAUAUAGUGCCCUUCCCCCUGCGCCGUCCCCCUCUCUCCCUCCUGCUGUGAGCCAUGUCCUCCCAGGUGGCCGCAUCCGUCCGCCAGCCGGACCAAGACCCGGUCGACGCUUCUCCUCCGCCGCCCGCCGGCAAGUCCAUAGCCCCUCGCACAUCCGGGGACGGGGACAGCUCCGCCGAGACCGGGGCAUCGGCCGCCACCUCGCCCGGGGCCGAUGCCGAGACCUCCCCGACCUCCGAUCCGCUGGGUCUCCGGUCGACCUCGGCCCCAAGCCCCGGCGGGGCCUCCAUCAAGCGCGGCGACAGCUACCAGCGUUUCAGCAGCGUGAGCGCCGCUCCGACGCGCUCGAACCCUCCGCCGCACUUUGGCCGACCUGCCGGCGAGGAAAUCCCCGCCUCGCCGCAGGGUCCCGCCUCGCCCCGGAGCCGCCUUCUCGGCACGCGGCACAUCCAGUCCACUGGGUCCAUUUACUCUCAAACUCCCCGGUCCUUCGUGCCGUUGGUCCCGGUGGCGGUCCCGGAUGGUGGCGACUCCCCGGCUCCGGCGGACAUCGUGUCCCCCGCGGUGGUUGCGGCCCCGGCGGUUGCGGCCCUUGCUCGGACCAUCUCCAUGCGUAUCAAUGCCGUCCCCACCAAGAAGCAGGUCCCGGAGGUCCGGCCACUGGUCUGCGUCCGGUCCUUGGCCAUGGCCAUUUCCGCCGAGCAGGAGGCCAAUGCCACAGGUGAGGCCGGUCCCGGGACGCCGCUCCUCUCUUCCGGGGGAUUGCCGCGGGCGUCGCGUUCGAGCUCCUUCAGCAGCAUGACCGACGAGCAGUUCGACGACUCCUUCGCCUUGAACUCGGUUGAGUCGCUUGAUCCGAUCGAGGAGGAGGACUCUGCCGAAUCGGCCACUUCCGCCAUCAAUUUGGCGGACGUCGCUGCCGCGCCUCCGGCUCCGAACGACCAGCCUGUCAGCAUCGAGCCCGAGGUGGCCGAGCCCGAGGUGGCCGAGCCCGAGGUGGCCGAGCCCGAGGUGGCCGAGCCCGAGGUGGCCGAGUCCGAGCCCGAGGUGGCCGAUAUUGACGCCGCCGAGCAUGAGACUGUCGAGCAUGAGACUGUCGAGCAUGAGACUGUCGAGCAUGAGACUGUCGAGCUUGAUGCUGCCGAUCUCGACACCAGUGAGUCUGAGAAUGUGGAGCCCGAAGCCACCGAGCUUGAGGUCACUGAGUCGCAGCCUAUGGAGCCGGAGCCCACUGAGCCGGAGCCCACUGAGCCGGAGACCGCUGAGCCAGAGCCCACUGAGCCAGAGCCCGCUGAGCCGGAGCCCGCUGAGCCGGAGCCGACCGGCCUCGAGGCUGCCGGAUCUGAAGUCAUUGGGUCUGAAUCGACCCAGCCCGAGACCACUCAGUCACAAAGCACUCAGCCUGAAGAGGCCACCCAGUCUGAGGCGCCUGCUCAGCCCUCCGCCGAUCUCGCGUACGACUACACGUACGACUACUACACCUACGACUCGGAGGAUGGCGCCGCCGGGUCGGAUGCCGAUGACGAGCCCCCCAGUGACGUUGAUGAUGCUGGCGAUCCGCUCACGAGGAUUCGCCUGCGCGCCAGCAGCGGACAUGCCCGUCGCAGUGUGGAGAUUGUCAUUGACAAGCUUCUUGACGAGGAGGCCGCCCUCGUGGACGACAGCCUUGAGUCUCUGCUUGAGAGCUACAGCGACCUGUCCCCGCUGGAGGACGAUGACCUGCUUCUUCACAGCUCCGACGGGGAGGAGGCCGACACGCCUGGCUCUGCCCCCGGUCCUGCCCCUGACGCGCCGGUCGCGGAAGUUCCCCAGCUCCCGGCUGCUGCGUCUACCUGAGCACGGGCCCUGGUCCUGUUGUUCGAGGCAAGUCCACCCUCCGCCGGUGUCCCCGGUCCUCGCUCCUCACAAUUCCCCUUCCUCCUCUCUUCGUCGUUGUGCCACCACCACCCCAUCACACGCGCGCCAGUGUCUUCCUUGCGCCGCGCGGUGAGUUCUGCCGCCGGCCGGCCAUUGCCUUGUGUUUCCCGCGCCUCCCUCCCCCUCCCCCUCCACUGCACAUCCCCUUCUCCUCCUCUUCCCUCCGGAUGUGCGCUCUCAGCUGUGUGUCCCUGCGGGGCCAUUCAUCCCUCCCUCUUCCUCCCCCUCCCUCCCUCCUCCUCUCUCCCUAUCCCCUUUGUCCUCUUCCCUCCCC